AUGGCGAAAAAAAGUAAAAGGUUUAACAAAAAGUUGAUGAGGAAGCAUGCUAAAAGAAAAUGGCAGAAACCAAUAAGAAUAGCUGCAUUGAUUAUAUCUGCAAUAAAAGAUCUUCGUGAAACUAAAGGAUCUACGAUCAAAAAAAUCAUUGAUUACAUUAAACGUAGUUCAAAUUUAUCCGAAAAAAAUGUUUCCAGACAGGUUAACGCAGCAUUAAAACGCGGAGUGGAAUAUGGAAUAAUACGAAAAUACAGGGGACAUUAUUUUUUACCAAUGGAAAACGAGGUGGAUCGUGCGAAUCGAAUAGCAGUUAGGUUCGCAAGACUACCAUCACCUAAAAGGGGAAGCAGAAAAUCGAAAAACGUUGCUAUUCGCAAAACGCAAACCACGAGGGAUCGGAAGAAAGCUAAGAAUAGAAGAAGAAGACGUAAAAAAGAACAAAAUCUCGCUAACAUAAGUGAAAAUAGCAUUGCCGUGAGCAAAAAACCAAGAAAGUCACGUUCCCUUCCAUUUUCAACUACGACUACGGCUAAUAUGAGUUUAGAGGAAAAAACUGAAACUGACGACAAUUCUUCUGCCGAAUAA